AGUGUGUCAGCAUCUUGGUGGUGGGCCCAAUAUCCACAGAUAAAAUCACACACACAAAGAUUAUCCCUUAAAAAUCUGUUCAACUGCUAAUGACAAAAAUACCCUUCCCGCUGUUGCUGACAGUAAGUCGGUAAUAACAACCUUCUCCACCAUAUCUUCGUCUACUUCUUCAGCUUCAGCUUUCCUCGUGCAUGGCUUCUCUUCAUUUCACCACCACACCAAAUCCAGACUUAUCUCACUUCAAAUCCACAAAUCCCACAAAGUCUCUCAAAAUCACGCAGACCCAUGUCGGAAAGACCCUCGAGAACCCACCAAAUCAUCUCUCUUUGAGCAAAUCUUACUUUCACCGCGUGUUCUCUCUCUGCAAAGAUGGCCAAAUUCAAGAAGCUGUAGACUUAGUCACUGAGAUGGGGUCCAGAGAACUUCACAUUGGGCCAGAAUUCUACGGUGAGCUCCUUCAAGGAUGCGUGUACAAGCGAGCUCUGUUCACAGGUCAGCAAAUUCACGCUCGAAUUCUCAAGAUUGGGGAUUCAUUUGCAAGAAAUCAGUAUAUCGAGACCAAGCUUCUAAUCUUCUAUGCGAAAUGCGAUGCUUGGGAGGUUGCGAAUCUUUUGUUUCACAGACUAAGGAUGCAGAAUGUGUUUUCUUGGGCUGCUAUCAUUGGGCUCAAGUGUAGAACGGGUGUUAAUGAAGAAGCUUUAUUGGAUUUUUGUGAAAUGCAAGAAAAUGGUUUCUUGCCUGAUAAUUUUAUAGUGCCUAAUGCUUUGAAAGCUUGUGGUGCUUUGAGGUGGAUUGGAUUUGGGAAAGGGGUUCACGGGUAUGUCGUCAAAGUGGGCCUUAAUGACUGUGUCUAUGUGGCUAGUAGUUUGAUAGACAUGUACGGGAAAUGUGGGGCUUUGGAGGAUGCAAGGCAGGUGUUUGAUUAUAUGCGUGAGAGAAAUAUGAUUGCUUGGAACUCGAUGAUUGUGGGUUAUGUCCAAAAUGGAAUGAAUGAGGAAGCAAUUAAGGUUUUCUAUGAUAUGAGAGUGGAAGGAAUUGAGCUUACUCGGGUCACCUUGUCGAGCUUUUUAUCAGCCUCGGCCAAUUUGGAUGCAGUUGAAGAAGGCAAGCAAGGUCAUGCUAUGGCAGUCUUGAUUGGACUAGAGAUGGAUAAUAUUUUGGGUAGUUCUAUUAUAAACUUCUACACGAAGGUUGGUUUGAUGGAGGAUGCUGAGGCUGUUUUUAGUAGGAUACUUGAAAAAGAUGUGGUGACAUGGAAUCUACUUAUUUCUGGUUUUGUGCAACAUGGACAAGUGGAGAAAGCACUCAACACUUGUUGUCUGAUGAGAUCGGAAAAUUUGAGGUUUGACUGUGUCACAUUAGUUUCUAUUUUGGCUGCUGCUGCUGACACGGAAAAUAUAAAGUUGGGGAAAGAAGGGCACUGUUAUUGCAUUAGAAACAAUUUUGAAACAGAUGUGGUUGUGGCAAGCAGCCUCGUAAAUAUGUAUGCUAAAUGCAGAAGAAUUGACAAGGCAAGAAGCGUUUUUGACUCCACAACUCACAGGGAUAUAGUACUGUGGAAUACUCUUUUAGCAGCUUAUGCAGAGUUUGGUAUGAGUGGAGAGGCCUUGAAGUUUUUUUAUCAAAUGCAGUUAGAAAGUGUGCCACCCAAUGUGAUAUCAUGGAAUUCUGUGAUUCUGGGUCUUCUUAGAAAGUUUCAGUUCAGUGAGGCUAUGGAUAUGGUCUUACAGAUGCAAUCUCUUGGUGUUGACCCGAAUUUAAUUACUUGGACUACUCUUAUUAAUGGUCUGGCUCAGCAAGGUCUUCAUGACAAUGCGAUUCAGUUUUUCAGAAAGAUGCAAGACUCAGGGAUAAAACCCAAUGCCAUUAGCAUCAUCAGUGCACUCUCAGCUUGCACAGAUGUGGCAUCACUACACUAUGGAAAAUCAAUUCAUGGCUACAUCACAAGACAUAACCUUUGCUAUUCGACUCCAGUUUCAACUUCUCUGGUGGACAUGUAUGCCAAAUGUGGAAGUAUAGAUCAAGCAAAGGCGUUUUUUGAAACAAAAUUGAUUAAAGAACUGCCUCUUUACAAUGCAAUGAUCUCCGCUUAUGCCUUGCAUGGUCAAGCUGAAGAAGCUCUCACACUCUAUAAACAUCUACAUGAAGCUGGUGUUGAACCGGAUAGCAUAACAUUUACCAAUAUCUUAUCUGCCUGCAACCAUGCUGAAAUGGUAAAAGAAGGUUUGGAGCUUUUUGUUCAAAUGAUCUCGAAAUACAGUAUAAAGCCAACCAUUGAGCAUUACGGAUGUGUGGUUAAUCUUCUAUCUCGGCAUGGUAACUUGGAUGAAGCUUUGAGGUUUGUCCAUCAAAUGCCAUAUGAGCCAGAUGCACAUAUUAUAGGAUCAUUGAUUGCCGCAUGUAGAGAACAAAAUAAGGUCCAACUUGGGGAACACUUAUCAAAACAUCUGUUAAAACUAGGACCAGAUAAUUCCGGAAACUAUGUGGCACUAUCAAAUGCAUAUGCAGCUGCUGGAAAAUGGAGUGAGGUCUUAAAGGUGAGGGAUUUAAUGAAAGAAAGGGGCUUAAGGAAAAAUCCUGGUUGCAGCUGGAUUCAUAUAGAGGAAGAACUUCAUGUGUUUAUGGCUGGUGAUGGUUUGCAUCCCAAAACUGAAGAAAUUUACUCUACGUUAGCAUUGUUAAGAAGAGAAAUGUGCUUCAACACUGAAAUUCUCUUGUCAUGAAUGCAAGAUUUUGUCAGGAAGUAGUACAACUGAACUGUUACAAGUGGUUUCCAUUGUUGGAUAAACUGUCUGAGCAAAGAGAGAACUUGAGUGAGAAAAGAAGUCAAGCCAACUUCUACUCAGAGGAAGGAAACUUUAUCAUAUCCGCUUGGAAGCUGGAAUUGAGAAGUCAAGUAUAGGAAAAUGAUGAAUAUUGUAUGGCUGGAAGAAGAACAAGUGAAAGAAGGCAAACAGAACUGAACAAAAAGCAGAUUUGUGUAAAUAAGGACCAUGUGAAGUGGACUGCUAUAAGGUACAGCUCUCCCCAAAUUCCCAAUUGUUUUGCUGUAUAUAAUGCUUAAAGACACCAUAUGAAUUUUUCUGGACAUAGCUCCUUAGAAGCUUAGCCCAGUAUGCUGAUUGGGCCUGUGAUGAAUUUUUUAAUGGUAGAUCAACUGAAAAAAAAAUUUGGACAA